CCCUCCCACUGAGGUGAGAGCGCAGAUGUCACGAGAAGCUCCAGCACAGAAGCAGAGCGCAGACACCGGCACACACACACACACACACACUCACACACACUCACACACCGACCUGAGCCUCCGCUCCGCUCUGGGAUGAUUUUAGCGCAGACUCUGGACGCAGAUCAUCAUCAUCAUCAUCAUCACCUCCUGCUCUCUGCUCCUUCUUCUCCUUGUUGUUAUUUUUAACCGAGGAUCGUGCACCAGCACCUCCAGCAGCAGCAGCAGCACCUCCUCCUCUUCCACCUCCUCCACCUCCUCCCUCCACAUUUUGAAGUCCGUGUGUGUGUUUCUUCUUCAUGACUGCGGCUUUGGAGAGGAGAGACUCUCAGCAGCAGCAGCAGCAGCAGCUUCAGCUCCAGCACCAUGCGAGCCCAAAUCGAAGUCAUACCGUGCAAAAUCUGCGGCGACAAAUCUUCAGGGAUCCACUAUGGCGUCAUCACGUGUGAGGGCUGUAAGGGUUUCUUCAGACGGAGUCAGCAGAACAACGCGGCAUACUCAUGUCCUCGUCAGAGGAACUGCCUCAUCGACAGAACCAACCGCAACCGCUGCCAACACUGUCGCCUGCAGAAAUGCCUGGCUCUGGGGAUGUCCCGAGACGCGGUCAAAUUUGGCCGCAUGUCCAAGAAGCAGCGCGACAGCCUUUACGCCGAAGUGCAGAAGCACCAGGCUCGACUGCAGGAGCAGCGGCAGCAGCAGACGGGAGAAGCUGAAGCUCUCGCACGCGUUUACUCCUCCAGCCUCACCAACGGACUCUCCAACCUCAACCACGAGAUCGGCGGCACCUACGCCAACGGCCACGUUAUUGAGCUGCCCAAAGGUGGCCACGGUAAUGGAGGCGGAGUCCCCGGGGGUUACUACGGGAUGGACUCCACCCAGCCGUCCCCAGAUCAGUCGGGUCUGGACAUGUCGGGCAUGAAGCACAUAAAGCAGGAGCCGGUGUACGACCUGACGCCAGUGCCCAACCUCUUCAGCUACGGCGGCUACCAGGAGAGUCAGCUGGGACACAGCAACGUCAGCAUGGGAGAGCUGGACCGCAUCGCUCAGAAUAUCAUCAAGUCUCACCUGGAGACGUGUCAGUACACGACGGAGGAGCUGCAGCAGCUCGCCUGGCAGACACACUCCUACGAAGAGGUCAAGAUGUACCAGAGUAAGCCUCGUGACGCGCUGUGGCAGCAGUGUGCCAUCCAGGUCACUCACGCCAUCCAGUACGUGGUGGAGUUUGCCAAGCGGAUCUCAGGAUUCAUGGAACUGUGCCAGAACGACCAGAUCCUCCUGCUCAAGUCAGGUUGUUUGGAGGUCGUCUUGGUGCGAAUGUGCAGGGCGUUUAACCCGCUCAACAACACUGUGCUGUUUGAAGGAAAGUACGGAGGCAUGCAGAUGUUCAAAGCUCUAGGCUGCGAUGACUUGGUGAGCGCCGUGUUCGACUUUGCCAAGAGCAUGUGUUCACUGCAGCUGACCGAGGAGGAGAUCGCUCUCUUCUCAGCGGCGGUGCUCAUCUCCACAGAUCGACCGUGGCUGAUGGAGCCUCGGAAAGUGCAGAAGCUCCAGGAGAAGAUCUACUUUACUCUGCAGCACAUUAUGCAGAAGAACCACAUGGAUGAAGACGCACUGGCAAAGCUGAUUAGCCGAAUCCCGACGUUGUCGGCGCUGUGCACGCUCCACACCGAGGAGCUGCAGGCGUUCCAGCAGCUCCACCCAGAAACCGUCAACGUUCUCUUCCCGCCGCUCUACAAAGAACUCUUCAACCCAGACCCAAACUCCACCAUGGUCAUGCCCAAGUGACCACAACAAGCAAACGGAGAGCAGGACCAAGAAAAACCACAAGAAAAGCCACAGCCGCAGGAGCACUGGCCACACCCACAAUCAUCGCUCCGCCAACCUCGUCUUAGGCUGCAAGGUGAGGGAGUCGCCGUCUGCCACAAACGUACCCUCUAACGCCAACAACACUAGGAAUGUCCAGCACUUAUCGUCGUCCCGUUCACCGAUACAGUCUGAAGAAUGUAAAUAUGAACAAAAACGAGUCCUCAGCCCAAACGUGACUGACCAGAAAUGUACAGACUUCAAAACAGACAAACAAAAAACUAAGCUGUCAAUCUUUACGGGGGAAAAAAAUGGGUAAGUUCAUUUGUUUUAACUUUGAUUUUUUAAAUGAAGACGUGGUGAAGUUGAAGGACGGGGGAGGGGCUGUGGAUUUAGAGAAGCUACUGUAGAUAAUUCUUCUAGUGCAGAGCGGAUUCCAGUAUUACUUCUUGUUCUGUUAAGUUAGUCCUAAUUUAAAUAUACAGACUUUACCUUUGUCCAUGUGUUUUUAUUUUAUUUUAUUCCAUAGUUUCUUGUACAGAAUUUGUAAAGUUGUAAAAGAAUAUUUGGUUCAAAACUGGGAAAAACAAGAUUUUUGUGAUAUUUGUUUGUUGAUAAACUGAAGCCUUGUCUGGAUUUUGUUGAUAAUGUAAAGAAGGUCCUGCUGCGUCUGUCUGACCAGAACCUAUAGAACAUGUAAAGAGAGCUUAUGAAGGAUUUUUAAAAAAAGGAAAAUAAUGGCUACUACUUUUCAUGGUGAAAAUAAACAGUAUAGGUAAAUAUUCUAUUUUGCAAAAAAAAAAAAAGACAGAAUUUGGCAGACUCGCGUUCUAUCAAUCGUCUUUUAUUUUCUCCUCGUUGCAAUAAUUUAAAUACGUCCAAUUAAAAACUGGACGGCUUCUGAACAAUCAAUCACAGACAACCAAUCAGAAACUAGGACCUCACAGUGAACUCCACCCUUUUCCCCAGAGUGCCCCCCCCCCCGGCACAUAAAGCCUGAUUUAUUCUCCGUCACUCCAGAUUUUUGAUAAUUGUCGUUCGACAAAUUAAAUCACACAAUUGUGGAGCUGCAAAAUACAAGAAAAUAAAACGUCAUCAUUUCAAAUAAAGUCGUCAAUUUCUCAUUAAACAUAUGGUGGUGUUGAGUUGGGCUAAUAAUCAAAUAAGUAUCAUAUUUUUAAAAGUAUGUAUAUACAUGAAAAAUGCUUCAUCAAAUUUCAUUUCAAUAUUUAAAAAAAUAAAUAAGCAUCAAAGUUGUCCUACUUGGAUGACUUGAUUAAAAUUGGUGCAGUUUGCAUAAAAUUGUUUAUUUAAAAAAAAAUACUUAAGGAGAAGAGUGGCCAAACAAAGUAUUUCCCUGAAUUUGUUAAGGGAAAAGUUUCUGGAUGGAGAAUAAAGCAGGUGUUAUUUGUGCACGUGUAUAUUUAGGCUUCACAGAUGAAAUGAAUUGAAUUGUCCGCUCUCAUUCCUCUGAUCACUAUUUGCACACAGACAUGAAACUUUUUAUUUUUCCUCUGAAGAGCAAUAACUUUUCACUCUGCCUUUCUGAUCUUUUUCCCCUCGUCCUCGUACCAACUGGUCUGAACAGGGUUGCAGCAGUUUCUCAGUAGUAUGCACUAUAUUUGUCGUUAAUUAUGUGAAACAAUCGUCGUGGAUGAUCCUCACUCACAAAAACAAUGAUCUGGGGUUCGGACAAAAAAGAAAAAACAGCACUCGCUUCAAAAUGUGAAGAAAAUGUUUUUUUAUGCGCAUUUAAAUCUGCAUUCUUGCAUCAAAGCUCGGUGCAGGUCGAGCUGUGACGAGACAAUCACUGUUUUUUUGCAAAUUCAAUAAUUAUGGCACAAAUAAAAACCAGAUCACUGUCGCAAAAAGUCUUUAAUUUUUCUAUUUUGUUAGAUUGAUUUUUGUUUUAUGCCAAAUUCAUAAAAUGGUAUGUGUCACCAUUCAUAUUUUGAUGGUAGUGUCAUUUUUUUUCUUCUUUUAAAUAUAAAAAAUGUGAAAAUCAAAUUUGGAAAAAAAAUUGCAGUUGGAUUUUUUCUGCCAAUUGUUCGGCUCUAAAAAGCUCUCAAAUAUUUUUCUUUUCUUGGUUGUUUGGGUUUUUCUACAUUUAUGUUUUGUUAGUUUUUAUUGACAGUUUAAAAAAAACAUCAGUUAUUGUUAUUUUCUCUGAUGAAUUCUAAAAAUGGAGUGGGUGCAGUUCUGCCUUCGUCCACUAGAUGCUCUAGGAUGUUUAAAUCUCCAAUAUUACCAUAAAUGACCUGCAAUAUUACCAUAAACGCUACAUACAGUGAGAACUGUGAUAAGACAAUCAGACAAUCUUUUUGCUUUAUUUUUUUUAUUGUAAAUUCCAUAAUUAUUAGUGCAAACAGCAACUAACACUUAUUAUUGUUUGUUUACAGAUGAAAAAAAAUGAAAAAAUGAAGAAAGAAUGAAUUUCAAAAUAUUUUUAAAUGUUUUACAGUGUAACUGAUUAGAAAAUCAUUUGAAUUUAAACCUUUUACUUUAGUGGGUUUCUUUACUGUAUUUGUCAUACAUUUUUAAAGAAAUGUUUCAUUUGAAGGUUCAAUUUGAAACCGUCACAUUUUAUUCGCUAGCGUUUGUGCAGUUCUGCCUUCAGCCACUAGGAGCUCUGAAUUGGUAAAAAGGUCAGAGAAUUGUGAUAUUUAUGCACUAAAACUAUAAAUCUUGAUGUUUUUAUGACACAGUGACCAAAUCUCUUAUUCUUCACUAAAAAAGAAACUCAUGAACUCGAUACUUUCAUGUUUUCUCCAGGCGUCAAGUGGAAAAAUCAACGUUAGGCACUAUUGAUUUGCUCGUGCACGUUAGUGAUUGGUGAUUUAAUCUCCAGGCUUCCGACCCCAGAUCAUGAGAUCAGAUCAGAUCAGAUCAGACUCCAGUGACUGAUGAAGACAAUCACUGGAUGCACGUCACAGCAUCUCUCAGGGAGCAGCUCUUUUUCUGACUUUACUUUCAAAAAAGAAGGUUGAAUAUUUUUGCAAAUCAAGUAAUAAUUAUAAAAGAAUAAAUAAACAAAUAACCUUUUUAGGGACUAAAAAAAAUAUAUAAUAAUAAUUAAAAAAACAGCAUAUUUAUGCUGCCAACGUACGUCUGCGAUGGAAACUGCCCAGACAAGGCUUUGAUAAGUGUGUGUGUGUGUGUGCAUGCAUGUGUGUGUGUGUGUGUGUGUACAGAGUAUGAAUUCACUGUCCAGAGCCCAGAACACAUACAUAUACAUAUACAUACAUAUAUAUAUAUAUAUAUAUAUAAUGAAUAUGAAUAAGAUAAAUCCUCUGUUUUCACUGUAACGCUCAUUUCUGCUUCUUCAUGGACCGAGAGGAAAAGUCCACGAGUGAAUCAGUGAAUGAGUGAAUGAAAAACUAAAAACAGGGGACAGUGAAUUCACGCUCAGUUUAUAAAAGUGUGCGACAUUUUUAUUUCCCCUUGUUGUGAAUUACUGUGAA